AUGCCAAAAAUGUGCAACGAACAGUUAGUUACAGCGUACACAGCAUUGCUUGCCAAGGCAGAGACGGUACACUUCCCCGUGGUGGCUGGGCCUGCCCCCUACGCGCUGAGACCCUUCGCUGGAGUGUACAAUCCCUUCCCGUAUGGCUGCUCCAUUCUCUGCAACCAUCCAGCCGACUUCGAGGCCAAGGAUGUGGUCCGCAGGGCGAAGGACACCUGGGCGAGCGAGGGCCGCGCGGCGCUGGCGUACGGCGACGGAGAGGCGGCGGUGCCGGAGGAGCUGUUCCGGCGCUACACGGACACCGACUCGCGGCCGCCCACGCCGGCGCCCACGCUGGCGAGCGCGGGGGCGCGCGGCUCGGGCCGGCGCUGCGUCACGCCCGACGCCGCCACGUCGGCCACGGCGUCGGCGGGCUCGGCGGCGGCCAGCUCCCGCAAGCGCCGCGGGCCCGCCCCCUCAGCGGCGGGCCGAGGCUCCGCCACGGCGCCGCCCCCUGCCAGCGAGCCGGCGCCGCUCCACAAGUUGCAGUUACCUCCCAUCCACAAGAUUCAGCCGAGUCCGGAGACGUCGACGGUGCUGACGGACACGACAGGCGGCAGCGGCGACGAGGACCUCCCGCGGCGCAGGGGGAAACGGCGCAAGCGCGGAAAGAAGGGCCGCGACGGCUCGCGGGAGCCCGAGAAGGAGUUCCAGGGGAUGCCCGAGCCCGGCGAGACGCAGGUGUCGGCGCUGCCGCUGGACUCGCGGGCCGCCAGCGCCCGGCCCUCGUUCAGCGCCGCCCCCACGCCGGCGCCCGCCCCCACCCCCGCCAACUCCGUGGCCUCGGCGCCGCCUCCCUCUGCGACGCCCGCGACGCCUCCGCCGCCGGCGCACGUGUCCUUCCUGGACGCCGCCGUCCUCCGUCACCUCCAGAGGGAGCUGGACCACGAGGUCGUCGACAGCGAGUUUCAGCCAAAGAAACACAAAGCACUCGAAGAAGCACUGAAAGCACGCCCUCACGAGAAGCGUCGCGCCGGAGAAGAAAUGAGGAGACUGAAGAAGGAGCUGCAUUUGCCGCCCAGCGACACCGAACUCUGGCUCACUCUGCCUCGCAUUUUCUCUCGCCAGAGCUCUCGGUUCGAGCUGCCUCUCGACAGCCGUACUCUUAACAAAAUGUCUCCUCUACAGUACCUUCAGUCUCAUGUAGACGUUUCAAGUGGAAGGAAACUUCUGUACAAUAUGGUUUUCAAUAGACACAGAGAAGAGUUAGAUGAUGAAGAUACUGACAGAAGAAUGAAGGGAGAGAAUGUCGUUAUUGGUCUUGAAGAAGUAAUGGGCGCUCCUCUGUCAGAUGCACAGAUUGAAAAUUUCAGGUCGCUUGUCGGCUGGCAAGAUUCUGACAAGCUGGAUUUCCGCACGUGGUGUGGUAUAUGCGCUGCUUGUGAACGUCUGCUGGGUCCACAGUUUUCAUCGCAGGUGGCUUCUAAGGAAGAUGAUCCCUGCCAUGAAGUGGAAAAAGCUGACUUUGAGACAUUGCCACGCAAACUGCAAGGUCUCGCCCCAGAUCCACGACUGCUCACUAUUUUAAAUGGCAUUCGUGAAAUGUAAUGUAAUAAAUGACAAAAUAGUUGUCACUUGUUUUACCUGUAACAUUAGAAUUGGGUAGACUAGGUGAAAUCUUCAACUACAUUCUCUGUAUCAGUAGCAGUCUUUAUAAUUGUAAGAAAUAAAGUUAAAU